AUGGAUAGGGCAAUGCAGGAGCCAAGUCAGGAGUUUGUAAAGGACUCAAUUCGGCUGGUUAAAAAAUGCACCAAACCCAACAGAAAAAAGUUCCAGAAGGUCACCAUGGCCACAGUGAUAAGCUUUGCUAUCAUGGGAUUCAUUGGCUUCUUCGUGAAACUGAUCCAUAUCCCUAACAUUAUUGUGGGUGGCUGAGUCCUUUCUCAUCAUGGGACAAGUGAACCACCGAGGGGGUGACAAGCUCAUGAAGUAAAACGUUGCCUGGAUGCUUUGUGGUUUUUGUUUCUUUCCUCCUUCCUAUGAGGUUUUCUAUUUCUAAAUUAAAA